AUGCUGACGCUGGACCGGCUCCCGAACGAGGUCCUCCACAACAUCGCCUCCCUGCUGCACAAGAAAUACGACCUCGCCGCUCUGUCGCGGACGAGCCGGCACUGCUACAACAUCGCCAGUCCCAUCCUCUGGAAGCGCGAGGCCAAGUCCGACCGCCCUGGCGCCCUGCACUGGGCCGUCGAGCAUGGCGACCUCAACGUCUUCAACCGAGCCCUCGAAGCAGGCGUCGCUCCCAACCGAAUGGCCUACGCCCACAAGCCAAAGUCACGCAUCGAUGCGAGACACAAGUGGUGGAACUACCACAGCUCCUACUACGACGACCCUGAGUGGCGGAUGGACGACGACGACGACUCGGUAGACCUCGACCCCUCCUACGUCAGCCACGACCACUGCAACUGUUUCGAGGGCGGUUGCGAUGACGGAAUAUUCAACGACUGCUCCUGGGAGCCCAUCCAUGUUGCAGCUAGCAAGGGGAGGAUUGAUAUGAUUGAGAUUCUUCUGGAGAAGGGGGCCAGUGUCGAUGCCUUCUCAUGGGGUCUCUGUCUGUGCCGGCCCCAUCUACCAAUAGAAGCGUUUAGUGACUCGAGAGCCGUCGAAGAUGAGGAACUUGAGGAUCUACACGGUGGGGGAUGGACUCCUCUCCAUGUUGCCAUCUGCCAUGGCCAAGUGGAGGCCGCCAAGUACCUGGUGAAGCGUGGCGCUUCCAACGUGAUUUACCAGGGCAUCGACUUUGAGUUGGAUGUCACCGGGUUCGAUGAUGAAGUUAACCCGGAUGCUAGCAUGUUCCGCCUCACAGCGAUGCAUCAUGCGGCCAAGCACAACCAAGUGGAGUUGCUUCAGUUCCUGAAGGACGCAAAAAUCCAAGCCUAUGUGGACGCCGAAGGGCCGUUCAUGGGAACCCCUCUGUUCCAAGCAAUCUGGUACGGCCAUUGGGAUACCGUUGUUCCUUGGCUGCUCAAGAACGGGGCCGAUAUCGACGCACGUCUCAUCGAGACACGGUUGACGCCCUUGAUGAUGGCCUGCUUCUCGCGCCGCUUCGAUGAUGCUUCCAGACUCAUCGAUCUCGGCGCAAGUGUCAGCACAAUGUCUAUUCACCAGUUCAGCAUUCUUCAUCUGAUACUCGGGCCAGGCCAACUGCGAUUUGAUGAGUAUGGAGAAGCACAAGAGCCGGAGAGGGCGAAAAGCACGGUAUCGGAGGCAGAGAUUAUCACCAAGUUUAUUGCCCAUGGCUUCCCUGUGAAUGCUCGGGAAGCACUACUUGGCCUGACGCCGUUGAUGGUUGCAGGUUCCAGUUGUAACCUUGCGGCCAUGAAGGCGCUCAUUGACGGCGGAGCAGACGUCAACGCCCUCGACCAUGAUGGCCUCAACGCUUUGGCUCGAAUAGGAGAGGCUGCCGAAGGCGGGGCCAUCUCCGGGUUGUAUGAGGCCGGAAAUAUGUUGCUUGACGCGGGUGCCGUGAUCAAGGAUUCUAUGGAGGAUCUCACCCCUCUCAACGUCAUUUGCUCUCGACGUUGCGAGACGUAUGCGAGCCGUGACUGGGAGGAACAACACGCCAAGCUGGCCAAGCUCUUAAUCGAACGGGGAGCAGACCCGAACGAGAAGGGCAUCUCAAAAAGCCCCCCAUUUACAGAGGCCGUGAUACACAGCAACUUUACCCUUGCGCGAGCAAUUCUUGACAGCGGAGGUCGCCCUGAGCCUAAUGACAUUGAGGAACUGCUGAGCAAGUCUGCUAAGGACAUGUACGACGAUGGUAAGACGGAGUUUAUUGUGAGCUUGGACUUUGCAAAAUACGACAUGACUGGUCCCUCGGAUGCUUUCUUGGUACGCCUUAUCCAGACGGCGUUGAACGAGCAACUGUGGACAAGAGCGGCGGACCUGAUCAAGGUAGUACCGACGCCCAAAGAAAUGCGCAAGGGACUUGUCCAUCGAUGCCUCUUGAACGGUUCCCUUACGGGAGACGACCCUUCUACACUGGUGCAGACGCUCCUGGACCUUGGUGAGAGCCCCAACGAGCUCUGGGACGACGAGCCACCCAUAUACUACAGUCUCAAGUCCGGUUAUUGCUGGCGAUCGACACCUGUCCUGGUCAAUGCCGGGGCCGAUAUCAACAUGCCCACCAAAGCCAUGCCUGACGGGGCUUUCAUGUACUCGAUCAACCAAGGAUAUCAGUCCCAGUCACUGCAAAUGUUGGCAAAGCACCCCGAUGUACUCUGCGACCGGCCUGAGAGACUACACCGGGAAUGCUGGGCUUCUGUGAUCCGAUGGGACCAUGGCAUGCACCCUCAAAGCAGAAGACAGAUAGAUGCAGGUGAACCAGAUGUCCCGUACCUUUACUGGAACAUUGCGCACCAUCUCUUGGGUGCGGGUCUCCGGACGGACGUGACACUAGCGGAUGGGCGUGAGGUCAGGGGCAUCGUGGAGCAAGCAGUACCAACGGAUUACACCCUAGGUUUGGUGGAGCAGAAGGUGUUGGAGAAGUUCGACAUCCCGUACGAGGAGCCGGUGUAUCCUUCGGAUAACGAGGAUAGCUCUUACGACGAAGAUGAGGAAGACGAGUACGGUGUCCUCGGCGAACUAUUGUCCGACGACGGGGACGAAUCCGAUGGUCUUGAUGACUAUGAUUCUCAGCUCGACGGAGACGAGGACUACGAUGAGGAUGAUGAAGAGGAUGAUGAAGAGGAUGGCCACAUGCCCAUGCCUCCUAUGCCAGUGUUAUUUGGGUUUUACAUGUGA